AUGACUCCCUUCAGCCACACAGCCGCUACUAAGGCCACUUUCCUCGUCGUGGUCAUCUCAUCUGCGCUGCUCCUUUCCGCCCCUGCGCGCGUCUCUGCCGCCGGGAAACCCGCCAACGCGACUGCGCCUGCCAGCGCAACUAAGCCUGCUAGCUCGAAUGCUUAUGCUAAGGGGGUUGCUUCUGGCGCGAUUGGGUCUGCAAACGCAACCACGCCUGCCGUGGCGGCGAAGGCGAGGAAGAGCAAGAGCUCGGGGCUAGGAAAGGACUCCUCCUGCGCCUAUUACGCAAACUACACCGCCAACCCCUACUUCGGCAAGGGGCUCAUUAUGAAGCUUCCUCCCGCCAUCUUCGGCCAGCGCUGCGGCGCGUGCUACAAAGGAUCCGACGCCGCCCCCGUCGGCGUCACGUACAAGCGCACCAACUGCCAUUCGACCCUCGGAUCCGCGGUGCGCGUGCGCAGCAACUCGACGGCGGAGAAUUUCAACAUUCAGAUGGUGGGUCUCGCCGGCCCCGGUACGCUCAAAGCUGUCGAAAUCAGCGUGGACGGCAAGAAGUGGGCGAAGCUGACGCGCGACGGCAGCAAGGCGAUCUGGGGGAUCAAGGGCAAGGAGGCGAAGGAGGUUGUGGGCGCGAAGAAGGCGGUGAGCGUUCGCCUGACUGCGGGACACACCCUCGAGAAGAUCACUCUCGACAAGGUCCUUCCCGCCGACUGGAAGCCGCAGACGCUGUACUCGAGCAAGACCAACUUCAAGAAGCUCAUGGCCGAGGCUAAGUAG